AUGCUUUAUCUCUUGCGAUUCUUCUUGAAGAAGCUGAGUCUGAAACGGAUAAUGAUCCAGAAUCUAUCGACUGGAAGGCGGGGGUCCUAUUUAUGUUUCGCAAGAAGCUUCCAUGCCAAAGAAUCUCCCGUACUAUGCCUGUCAGCUGCCGAUCAACCCCCCUCAACAUACGAUGGCUUAUCGACUACUACCGCUUUCACAUCACUUUCAUCCAGUGCUUUUCCGGUUGGCUAUGCUGGAAUACCCAGCAGUGGAGACACAACUUAUCCACAACCUUCCUAUUCCGGUCACUUGUAGUCAGUGGAUGCUUCACGGAUGCAUGCGUGUUGCUGUCGUGGCAGUAUCAUUUCUCCUGGUCCAAGUUGAGCACCAGAAAAUCCCUCAUUUGAUAUCGACGGGUUUUGUCCUGCUGGCUAGGAUUGUCAUUGCAGCCGUGGUUGCUCCAACGAUCAUCCCCGCUUCCUCUAUGCGUCUUCACUCCUGCAUGAGAAAAAAUAAAACCGCUUUUUUUCACUUCGUGCCAGCUGUCAUGCCGUCCGUCUCACCGUCGAAACCUUUUUUCCUCUCUCCCCAUCCAAGAGAAACCUAGCGUUACAACUUAGAGGAGGGGGAAAAGCACGGUUCCGUCUUGCAGGGCCAGUGUGGUCAUUGCCAUGGUCACUUAGUCUGUCCACACGCGAACAAGCCUAGUGGCAUAAGCUC